AUGAAAUCCAAAAACAAUGAUAUCGAAUUUGUAUUUGAAUAAAGGAGAUUUACUUGCAUUAUGCCCAUAAUGAUUGUCUAUUGUGAUGACAUUAACAAAAAUGCAACCAUUCCACUGACAAAUUCUAAAAUGUCUCAAUUGCUACAAUCAAACUUCUAAGAGAUCGAUAAUUAUGAAUUCAAUAUAUUAAUCUAGAUGUCUGAAAUUGAUGAGCUUUCUAAUUUUGUAAUCCCACAAAAAAAGUUUCCAGUUUCAAUGCAACCUUGCAAAUAAGCAAAAAAAGAAAAAUCAUUAAGAAAAUCGUUUAUCAUGAAGAAUCCUUAUAUUAAAUAGCAUUCAUACCACCAUAUUAUCAAACAAUGUUUAUAUAAAUUGGCUAAUAUCAUUCCUCUAAUGCUGAUUUUUAGCGUUUAGCUUGCUUUUGUUUCAAAAAUUCAUUCAAAACUUCAUAAAAAACUAUAUUUAAAUCAUCACCCUAUCUCCUACUAGGGCAUCUGUUAAAGUCAACAUUCCUGA